AAAACCAGUAUCAAGUUAUCUCGAAAGCAGGAAAGUGUUUUGCAUGCAAUAUGCUGUGGAUCAUUAGCUGCCUUGCUCUUGUGGCCUCCACACUGGGAUGUGGAGUGCCUGCAAUUAAGCCUCAAAUUAGUGGCUACAGGAUAGUGAACGGUGAGAACGCAGUGUCUGGAUCGUGGCCCUGGCAAGUGUCACUCCAGGAUACAACUGGAUUCCAUUUCUGCGGCGGAUCCCUCAUCAACCAGUACUGGGUCGUCACUGCUGCCCACUGCCGUGUGACACCUUCACGUCACCGCGUUAUCCUUGGCGAGUACAAUCGUGCAUCUAAUGCUGAGCCAAUUCAGGUCAAAACCAUUGCCAAGGCCAUCACCCACCCUUACUACAACACUCAGAACUUCAACAAUGAUAUCACCCUGCUGAAGCUGUCCUCUCCAGCUCAGUUGACCAACAGGGUGUCUCCUGUGUGCUUAGCCUCUUCUAAUGUUGCCGUUGGCACACGUUGUGUAACAACCGGCUGGGGCAAAACUGCUUUUUCAUCUAGCCCCAGUAUUCUGCAGCAGACCGCCCUACCCAUACUGAGCUUAGCACAAUGCCAGCAGUACUGGGGCAACAAGAUUUUCGAUUCGAUGAUUUGUGCUGGAGCAUCUGGUGUUUCAUCCUGCCAGGGUGACUCUGGUGGCCCUCUGGUCUGUGAGAGCGGUGGUGCCUGGUAUCAGGUUGGAAUUGUGUCUUGGGGAACAACCAAUUGCAAUGUGCGAGCCCCUGCUGUUUACGCCCGUGUCCCAUACCUGCGCAGCUGGAUUGAUCAGACUGUUGCCCAGAACUAAACCGCUUGCAGCUUCAUGGUGACCUGAAGGAUCUUAGUACUUUACGGUUAUGUUUUUGAGUACAUGUGGUCUAUAAACAGGUUACUUCCCUUCAGGAGCAUGUAAACAAAUUUCAAAUAAAGGAGAAAAAGGCAAUCCA